UUCUGACUAAAAUCAUCUGUUGCGUUUAUAUUCAUUUUAUUUGGAAGAAUCGAUGGUAAAACUGACUAAAAGUAAAAAAUAGCUGUCGUUUAUCCCAGCUUGUCACUAGAGAUUGAGAAAUGCUAAAGAUCCAGUUUGACAAACACACAACUUAUUGACCUUAGAUGUUACCUUGACCUUUGGGUUGGACGUGAACUCAAGGACGGGUCUGAGUCUGAAACUUAGAAAGGCAGAGUUCACGUACGUGUUCGUAGGCUGAGUAGAUCUAGUGACCCAGCAGCGGAGUUGCAAGCCGGUCUACAUUGUUAAUUGCUUCUCGGUUCAUCCUAGAUUAGAUAUCAGCUUUCUGCAGUGUCCGGCGAAAUGGCAGGCAGGCAAUUUCUCUCCAAGGAUCCCGUUUGGGCCCAGCUGAAGAGCUUCUAUGAAAGUCAAGGUUCUAAACUCCGAAUGCCUGAAUUAUUCGGCUCCGACCCCAACAGAUUUGACAAAUUCAGUGUUAAGCUUGACGGAAAAGAAGGACCACUGUUAGUGGACUUUUCCAAAAACCUGAUCAAUGAAGAGGCUUUUGGACUUCUCAUGAACCUGCUUAAAUCGACCAAAGUGGAGCAGAUGCGUGACGCCAUGUUCUCAGGGGAGAAGAUCAACUUCACGGAGAACCGCUCUGUGCUGCACAUUGCCCUCAGGAACAGGAGCAACACUCCCAUCAUGGUGGACGGGAAAGAUGUGAUGCCAGAGGUGAAUGCUGUGUUGGCUCACAUGCGUCAGUUUACUGAUCAGGUCCGCAGUGGUCAGUGGAAGGGUUACACAGGGAAGCCCAUCACUGACUGCGUCAACAUUGGAAUUGGUGGUUCUGAUUUGGGACCAGUUAUGGUGACUGAAGCACUGAAGCAGUACCAGUGUGGCCCCACCUCACAUUUCGUGUCUAAUGUGGAUGGAACUCAUAUGGCAGAGACUUUGAAGACUCUCAACCCUGAGACCACUCUUUUCAUUAUUGCAUCGAAGACAUUCACUACCCAAGAAACAAUUACAAAUGCCACGUCUGCCAAGCAGUGGUUCCUGGAAAAAGCAAAGGAUGAAAAGGCUGUUGCAAAGCACUUUGUUGCUCUGUCUACUAAUGCUCCCAAAGUGAAGGAAUUUGGAAUCGAUGAGGCAAACAUGUUUGAAUUCUGGGAUUGGGUUGGUGGCCGCUAUUCCCUGUGGUCGGCUAUUGGACUUUCCAUCGCACUGAUGAUUGGCAUGGACAACUUUGAAGCCCUGCUGGAUGGAGCUCACUUCAUGGACAAACACUUCAAGGAGGCCCCACCAGAGAAGAAUAUCCCAAUGAUCCUGGCUGCCCUUGGAAUCUGGUACACCAACUUCUUUGGAUCUCAGUCCUACACCAUCUUGCCCUAUGAUCAGUACCUGCACAGAUUCCCAGCCUAUUUCCAACAAGGUGACAUGGAGAGUAACGGCAAGUACAUCACACGGGAUGGCCAGCACGUUGACUACAACACAGGGUCCAUCGUGUGGGGAGAGCCCGGUACCAACGGCCAGCACGCCUUCUAUCAGCUGAUACAUCAAGGAACCCAUGUGAUUCCUUGUGAUUUCCUUGUUGCUGUGGACACCUUGAACCCUAUCCAGAAUGGACUCCAUCAAAAGAUUCUGCUGUCCAACUUCUUGGCUCAGACAGAAGCUUUGAUGAAAGGGAAGUCUGGAGAAGAAGUGGAGGCAGAGCUCCGUGCCUCUGGCAUGAGUGAGGACCAGAUUCGACUGAUCAAGCCGCACAAGGUGUUUGAAGGAAACCGGCCUAGCAAUUCUAUUGUCUUCCAGCGCCUGACCCCCUUCAACCUAGGAAUGCUCAUAGCAAUGUACGAGAUGAAGAUCUUCACCCAAGGCAUUGUGUGGGAUAUUAACUCAUUUGAUCAAUGGGGUGUGGAACUGGGCAAAGUUCUGGCUAAAGCUAUUCUCCCAGAGUUGUCUGCCCCUGGUAACGUCUCCUCCCAUGACAGCUCCACUAACGGCCUCAUCAACUUCAUCAAAUCCAGUACAAACUGAGUUUAGAACUUGGAGAUUUCUGGCUUGUCCACUGCUCCACUCUAAAUUUCGUUGAAUUUCCCUUUGUGUGCUUUCAAGCUUGGGUAUAAGAUUGAUUUUGUGUCUGUGAUCUCUCAGAAAUUAUUAAAAAAUCAAGCUUUUUUUUUUAGCAUUUUGUCUUACCAGCAUUUAUGAGAAGAGUGAGUCAUGUGUGACAGAUGAAAAUGAGGAAUUAUUUUCUGAGCAAGUGUUAUUUUUGUUGAAAAGAAAAAAAAUGGAUAUAUUAUGUAGUUUAUACACUUUUAUUUUUUGUAAGUUAUGUCUUUUUAUUUCUUAUUAUUUGAAAAGUGCCAAAAGUAGUUUUCUUUCUAGUUCAAGAAUUUUCGUAAUCUUUCUACGCACUCCUUUAGGAAUGUGAAAUGCCAUGGCUUAUUUUUAUCUAGCAUUUAAUUUAUCCCUGUGUGUCUGCAAUCAAGAUUAUUGUCAGUUGUUUUUUUUUCUCCUUUGAUUGAAUGCCCAGUACCUUGUACAAACUUUAUCUCUGAAUCAAAUUUCGAUCUGAAGAAUAAGCACUGGUCAGAUGAUGUCCCUGACCGUUUAAAUGUCAUGUAGAAUCUCUUCCUUUCUUUCAGUGGCCGUCUAUAUACAUGUAUUUGCUGAGUAUCUUAUUGAGGGUAUCACCAACAUAGUAGACUAAUGGCUUGUUCUUUUGGGCUACAAUGUUCAGUGAGUUUUCUUGCGGGUGUCAAAAGUAUUUUCUACUUGUAUAAACCUAAUGCUCUUUCUUAGGCUGUGGGAAUUUUUGCUGGUGUUUCAAUUUUAAAAAAAAAUUGUUAGUGUCCAAAACUAACUACAAAUUUUCUAUCAGAAUAAAAGCAGUGUAAUGAACGCUUAGCCUUGGUCAUUGACUCAUUACAAAUGUGCUGUUUGAGUGUAUUAAAAUGGUAGGUGCCUAGAGUAUCUUGCUUACCGGGUACCUUCUCUUGGAUGAAUGGUAAAAGUUGCUUCAUGUGAUGGUUUACGUGAACAAUUUUGUAAAAAAAACCAAACAAAACUUUUCCCCUUCAUGUUCUACUCCCUUUUUAUUUUAUAAUAUGAACAACUAAUGUGUAUUAUUCUGAGUCUAUUUUGACCUUAGGUUAUACCUGAGGAAUCUUGUCUAGUUGCUACUACUACUAUAAUUGUAGUUUCUAGUUGCUUGUUCUUUAUGUCUCUUGUCUGUUUUUGUGGGUAUUUUUUUCUUCUUUAUUCUAUGAUAAAUAUUAAGUUUGGGAUCUGCCCUGUGAACAUCAAACUUGGUUGAUAACUUAACAUGACUGGUGGCCAUCUAAAUGCAAGAUACAAUUGACUUUGUCUAGAAUGUAUGGGCUUUUCAACUUGUGUCCUGUUUUGUCCAGAGUUUAUGUUUUUGAUAUUCUACUUUGUUUUGUACAUUGUUAUGUUGUACCCACCUAAAGGAAACCGCAGCUGAGGUCUCUUUAUUUUCCUGGUAUUGAGAUUAGCUCGGAGAUGUGUGUGAUGUGUUCAGACUGGGCUAUUAAUAGGGCUAUUGAUAUUGAACUGUUUGAACAUUGUGUAGUAGCGACUUAUACAAAAAUAAAAGAUUUAAAAUUUCG